UUCCCAAAAAAAAAAGUAACUCUCCAGUGUAGUGGACGACUAACGACCUGAUGAGCUGAGCUCCGAUCCGGAUCCAUCCUCUAUUUAAACUGGCCCCUGCUGGUGAUCCUGCUCAUUCCCCCACAGCACAAAGCAGCUAGACAUCCACUCAGCUCACACACUGCAGCUAGCAUUUGCUUAGCUUAGCAGGAGCAUCAUAUCGAUAAUAAUAAUACAAUGACAAUGGCUUUGAUGAUGAAGAACAACAGGAUGCAGGCGGUGGUGGCGUUGGCCGUUGUCAUGGCAGCUGCGGCGCUGGUGGCGUCGGCGUCGGCGGCCAUCACGUGCGGGCAGGUGGGUUCGGCGCUGGCGCCGUGCAUCCCGUACGCGACGGGGAAGGCGAGCGCGCUGCCGUCGUCGUGCUGCGGCGGCGUGCGCAGCCUCAACAGCGCGGCGCGGACGAGCGCGGACCGGCAGGCGGCGUGCCGGUGCCUCAAGAGCCUGGCCAGCACCGUCAAGUCGGUGAACAUGGGCACCGUCGCCACCAUCCCCGGCAAGUGCGGCGUCUCCGUGCCAUUCCCCAUCAGCAUGUCCACAGACUGCAACAAGGUCAACUAAAUUAAUGGUAUGUACAUACCAGCUGAUCGACGAUGAGAAGCUUUGGUGACGUCGUCCUUCACAAGAUCUGCUGUAAUAUACAUGUUGUACUCGAUCUGUGUGUACGUGCGCAUAUAUAUACAUGUGUACAUGCCUAUGUACGAUCGAUGUUAUGUGCACAUGUAUGCUUGUGUGUCCUGCUGUAAUAAUCGAGACAGAGAACUGCUGCUACACUGUUAGUUCAGUGCUGCUUCGACUGGCCUACUAGCUUGUUCAGACAAUAACUAUUAAUCGUUCUGCUCUAAA